AUGAACUCUAGUGUCACCCUCGCAGUCACGUCCUUCACUGUGGCAUUCUGUCCCAACAACAUAGGAAGAAAUCAUCCAGAAGCCUUGCUGCACUCGCAGACCCUUAAAUUCAGAAGUGGACAAAAAACGUUCAAUGUUGAACAACUUUCAGAUAUGUCUCUUAGUAAGCUAAUACAGUUAUUCGCAGUCUUUAAAGCCGACGAGCUUAAGAGACAUUAUUCUUAUACAUGCACCUUAGUUUCCGGAUGUAAUAAGAAAUACUCUAGCUUUGCAAGUGAGGAUAAGGCUAAAACGUCUAUGAUGAAACAUAUUGAUAACCAUCUGAAGUCUCUAAAGAAAAACUCAGAGAACUCAGCAGAGAUAAAGAACAAAAGUUUAAGUUUCCUAAGCUCGUCGGAGAAAGAACCUUCAUUUAAUAGUGUUUUGAACCCUAUUAAAUUGGAAUCAAAUGGAUCUCUUGAUAAGAAAGAGAAUCAGAUGGAAUCACCAGAAACUGACGACUGCUUAGAUUUAGAAGACGAUAAGAACGUUACCAAACAAAGUAAAGGUCCUGCAAGAAAGAGGUUAAGACUAGAGGAAUGCGAGGACAACAAUUCAGAUGAAUGCCGAUUACAGAGGAAUGAAAAUGGUGGAGGCAAAGAUGACGAUCAAAAAGCAGCAGUAACUAAGAUGACUACAAGAAAAUCAGUCAAAUUAAAGAAAAUUAAAGACGAUUCAAUUGAAAGUUUAAAUGAUUCAAGCACCAGCAGGUCUUCGAACGGGCGUUGCGCUGAUCAAUCUGUUGAAGAUACUGAAUACCCAUACUGCAUGUUUUGCAAGAAACAACAGUCGCAAUUGAUACGGCACGCAAAAAAAACACAACAAUCACAUGUUCAUGAAGGUGUACCGCAAAGAAACAAACGAAGUAAUGAAAAAUAGAAUGAUAAAAUACAUAACCAACGUUGGUUACGCCAUGCUUGCACAGUUCAAGAACGUAAUUGUACCGGUUCGACGAACUAGAGAUGGGUUUCCCGUAACAACCAAACCAUAUGAGUACUGCGGAGCGCAAUAUGGAAAGAAUACGCUCUGGCUGCAUAAGCAGCAGUGUUAUGGAAAGGAGUGGCAAAAAA